AGUUUCGAUGAUGUGCAUGUGAACUUCACUGAAGAAGAGUGGAAUUUGCUGGAUCUUUCCCAAAAGAAACUCUACAAAGAUGUGAUGCUUGAGAACUACUGGAACCUCACUGCUAUAGGCUAUUAUUUGGAAGACCAUCAUAUUGAAGAACAACAUCACACUUCUAGAAGUCAUGAAAGGCAUGAAAGAAGUUAUACUGGAGAGAAACUGUACGAAAGUAACCAAUGUGGUAAAGCCUUUUCAUGUCACUGUGGUCUCCGAUAUCAUAAAGGAACACAUACUGGAGAGAAACCUUAUGAAUGUAAUCAAUGUGGUAAAGCCUUUUCGUGUCACAGUCGUCUCCGAAGACAUAAAAGAACACAUACUGGAGAGAAACCUUAUGAAUGUAAUCAAUGUGGUAAAGCCUUUUCAUGUCAUAGUAAUCUCCAAAGACAUAAAAGAACACAUACUGGAGAGAAACCUUAUGAAUGUAAUCAAUGUGGUAAAGCCUUUGCAAGGCCCAGUCAUCUCCAAAUCCAUAAAGGAACACAUACUGGAGAAAAACAUGAAUGUAAUCAAUGUGGUAAAGCCUUUUCAUGUCACAGUAGUCUCCAAUAUCAUAAAAGAACACAUACUGGAGAGAAACCUUAUGAAUGUAAUCAAUGUGGUAAAGCCUUUCCAUCUAACAGUGGUCUCCGAUAUCAUAAAAGAACACAUACUGGAGAGAAACCUUAUGAAUGUAAUCAAUGUGGUAAAGCCUUUCCAUCUCACAGUGGUCUCCAAUAUCAUAAAAGAACACAUACUGGAGAGAAACCUUAUGAAUGUAAUCAAUGUUGUAAAGCGUUUUCAUGUCACAGCCAUCUCCGAAGACAUAAAAGAACAAAUACUGGAGAGAAACCUUAUGAAUGUAAUCAAUGUGGUAAAGCCUUUUCAUGUCGCAGUGGUCUCCAAUAUCAUAAAAGAACACAUACUGGAGAGAAACCUUAUGAAUGUAAUCAAUGUGGUAAAGCCUUUCCAUCUAACAGUGGUCUCCGAUAUCAUAAAAGAACACAUACUGGAGAGAAACCUUAUGAAUGUAAUCAAUGUGGUAAAGCCUUUCCAUCUCACAGUGGUCUCCAAUAUCAUAAAAGAACACAUACUGGAGAGAAACCUUAUGAAUGUAAUCAAUGUUGUAAAGCGUUUUCAUGUCACAGCCAUCUCCGAAGACAUAAAAGAACAAAUACUGGAGAGAAACCUUAUGAAUGUAAUCAAUGUGGUAAAGCCUUUUCAUGUCGCAGUGGUCUCCAAUAUCAUAAAAGAACACAUACUGGAGAGAAACCUUAUGAAUGUAAUCAAUGUGGUAAAGCCUUUCCAUCUAACAGUGGUCUCCGAUAUCAUAAAAGAAUACACACUUCAGAGAAACCUUACAGAUGUAAUGAAUGUGGUAAAGCCUGUGCAUAUCUCUGUACUCUCCAAAGACAUAAAAGAACACAAACUAAGCAGAAAUCUUUUGAUUAUACUAAAGUUGGGAAAUCAUUUACGUGCCACAGUGGUUUCUGAAUACAGAAAUGAACACAUAUUAGAGAGAAACCAUCUGAAAGUAAUCAAAAUAUUAAAGACUCUGCAUGUCCUAAUCAUUCUUAAAAGCAUGAAAGAAUUUAUAGUAGGUAUAAACUGUGGUGAUCUAAAUAUGUUUGACGCUACAAAGUGGCAAUAUUAAGAGAUGUGCCUUGUGGGAGAUGUUACCUUUUUGAAGGAAUUGAGUUCCUAGGGGGGUGAUCUUUCCAACUCAGGCCAGUACAAACCAGACCUUCCUACCACUUGGCUGGAAGACAGUGUCUUCCUGAAUGCCUUCACAUGAGGAUGCAGAACUCUCAGCUCC